UCCAGGAAAUGCCCCGGAAGUGAGGUGCUUCUACCUGAUAUAAUAGUGUGCCCGUGUGUAGUGAGACUAAUCUCGAGCACCUGAUUGGCCAGAGCACUUGCCCUGUACCCAAAGCCUCUCCAUUGACCAUGCUGGGCAUGAGGGCUGAGCAGACGCUGCCAAGGCCUGGGCAUAGAACCAUGGGUCCAGAGGCCCUGGUGUUUGCCCUGGCCGUGGCUGGUAUCCUGGCACUACAGACCCUGGCAGUGGUCGAGCCCACACCAUGGCCCUUGCGCAGCAAGGCUGGGGUAUUCGCAGACCUGAGCACUGAGGAGCUGAAAGCCGUGCGCGAUUUCCUUUGGUCCCAGAGGGAGCUGGCGCUGGUGCCUGCCAAAGCCUUGACCACCUCUAAGAACUCCAUCUUUCUCAUUGAGAUGCUGCUGCCCAAGAAGCAACAUGUGCUGAAAUUUCUGGACAAAGAUGAAAGGCGUCCUGUCCGGGAAGCCCGCGUGGUCAUCUUCUUUGGAGCCCAGGAGAAGCCCAAUAUCACUGAAUUUGCAGUGGGCCCCCUGCCGUGGCCUUAUUAUAAGCGAGAGUUGCCCCCCAGGCCAGGGCACCACCCAUCCUGGACUUCUAGGCCCAUUUCCAGUGUUGAGUACAUCCUCCUGAACCAAGUCCUGCAAGAAGCCACCAAGCCUCUGCACCAGUUCUUCCUCGACACCACGGGCUUCUCCUUUCAAAACUGCCGCAACCGGUGCCUGACUUUUACUGACGUGGCGCCCCGUGGCCUGGCUUCUGGCCAGCGCCAAAGCUGGCUGAUCCUGCAGCGAGAUGUGGAAGGCUAUUUCUUACACCCCACUGGGUUGGAGGUCCUCGUGGAUCACGGGAGCCCAGAUGCCCAAGACUGGAUGGUAGAGCUGCUGUGGUACAAUGGGAAGUUCUACAAGAGCCCAGAAGAACUGGCCCGCAAGUACGCCGCAGGGGAGGUGGAUGUGGUCCUUCUAGAGGACACAGGGCCCCAGGAGAGCAAGGAGCGCCCCUUCUUCUCCUCCUACAAGCCCCGUGGGACCUUCCCCAUGCCCGUCACUGUGCACGGGCCUCGCCUGGUGCAGCCCCAGGGCCCCCGGUACCGACUAGAGGGCAACGCUGUGCUGUAUGGGGGCUGGAGUUUUGCUUUCCGGCUGCGCUCCUCCACCGGGCUGCAGGUCCUAGACCUGCGCUUCCAAGGGGAGCGCAUCGCCUACGAAGUGAGUGUGCAGGAGGCGGUGGCUAUGUACGGGGGGCACACGCCAGCAGGCAUGCAGACCAAGUACAUCGAUGUCGGCUGGGGCUUAGGCACGGUCACACAUGAGUUAGCCCCUGGCAUCGACUGCCCAGACACGGCCAGUUUCGUGGAUGCCUUCCACUACUAUGAUGCUGACGGUCCCACACACUACCCCCGGGCCCUCUGCCUCUUCGAGAUGCCCACAGGGGUGCCCCUUCGGCGGCACUUUGAUUCCAACUUCAGCGGAGGCUUCAACUUCUAUGCGGGCCUGAAGGGUCAGGUGCUGGUGCUGCGAACCACUUCUACCGUCUACAAUUACGAUUAUAUUUGGGACUUCAUCUUCUACCCCAACGGCGUCAUGGAAGCCAAGAUGCAUGCCACCGGCUACGUCCACGCCACCUUCUACACCCCUGAGGGGCUGCGCCAUGGCACGCGUCUGCACACCCACUUGAUUGGCAACAUGCACACUCACCUGGUGCAUUACCGCAUCGACCUGGACGUGGCAGGUACCAAAAAUAGCUUCCAGACGCUGGGGAUGAAGCUACAGAACAUCACCAACCCCUGGAGCCCAGGACACCACGUGGUGCAGCCCACUCUGGCACAGACCCAGCCCCACCACGAGCGCCAAGCUGCCUUCCGCUUCAGGCGGCCUCUGCCCAAGUACCUGCUCUUCAGCAACCCCGAGGAAAACGCCUGGGGCCACAAGCGCAGCUACCGAGUGCAGAUUCACUCCAUGGCCGACCAAGUGCUGCCCUGGGGCUGGCAGGAGGAGCAGGCUAUCACCUGGGCCAGGUACCCUCUGGCAGUCACCAGAUACCGGGAGUCUGAGCUGUAUAGCAGCAGCAUCUACAACCAGAAUGACCCCUGGAACCCGCCUGUGGUUUUUGAAGAAUUUCUUAGAAAUAAUGAGAAGAUUGAAAAUGAGGACCUAGUGGCCUGGGUAACAGUUGGUUUCCUCCACAUCCCUCACUCAGAAGACAUUCCCAAUACGGCCACACCUGGAAACUCUGUGGGCUUUCUCUUGCGGCCCUUCAAUUUCUUCCCAGAAGAUCCAUCCUUGGCCUCCAGAGACCCUGUGAUUGUAUGGCCCCAGGACAGAAGCCCCAAUUAUGUCCAGCGCUGGAUUCCUGAAGAGGCAGGGGACUGUUGGGCAUCUCCCCCUUUUAGCUACAAUGGAACGUACAGGCCGGUGUGAAGGCCUGACAAUAAACCCUCUUGAUCAUCCGA